AUGUCGCACACCCAGAACAUGUAUAAAGUUGGAGAUUAUGUGUACUUCGAGACUCCUGAGAAUACACCAUAUCAAAUUCGCAGAAUAGAGGAUUUAAACAAGACUCCAUCUGGGCAGGUUGAAGCCCGAGUAACUCUGUUUUAUCGCCGUCGUGACAUUUCUGCAGCUCUUCUUAAAAUCGCUGACCAAGCUGAAAGAAGAUUUGAUGAGUACUAUGAAGUUGACAAACCUAAGUCCGACAAGUACGGACUAACUGGCCAUACAGUGGCAAAUGGAGCGGACUCUAAGAUAGAACAUGACGAAGCAGGUCAUAAGAUUUGCUCAAGGGAAGAUGACGAAGAUCGUAUUGAUUGGGGUGUGGCAGGUUUGCCACUAGGUGUUGAGGAACUCAACGAUGACCAAAGACACCGAGUGAGGCAACGGGAAUUAUUUUUAUCCAGACAGGUGGAAACGUUGCCUGCCACCUUAAUUCGCGGAAAAUGUCAGGUUACCUUGCUCAGUGAAAUUGAGACAGUGUCGAGUUAUGACGGAGAGGACAAAUUCUUUUACUCACUGGUAUAUGAUCCGAGCCAGAUGACACUACUUGCUGACAAAGGCGCUAUUCGCGUUGGUGAGAAGUAUCAAGCUGAUGUUCCUGACUCGAUGGAAUGCGAUGACAACAGAGAGAAUGGUGAUGGGGACAAGCUAAUGAUCGAUGAUGAGGAGGAACACAGUGGUAGCAAUGUUCGAGUAGCUCAACGUGCACCGUUGGAGACGGAGCGAGAAGUGCUAGUCUACCACCCUCACCAUUCUCUCACAGAUAGGGAUAUGGACCAGUUUCUGAUUGUUGCAAGAGCUGUCGGGACGUUUUCGCGUGCACUGGACACUUCUUCUUCUACCAAGCUUCCGUCUCUUCACAUGACAGCUGCAGCAGCAUCUCGUGAUGUUACUCUUUUACAUGCCAUGGCUUUGCUUCAUCAAGCCGACUAUGAUAUAGGACAGGCUGUGAAAUAUCUCGUUCCUCCUCCAAACAAGAAUUAUUACCCUUUGGAAGCCGACAAGACUACAGGUCAUAAUACAGUCAGUUUAGGUGGUCCAAUACUGUGCAGAGAUCAAAUUGAAGAGUGGUCUGCCGCCGAAGCGAACCUUUUUGAAGAUGCUCUAGAAAAAUACGGGAAAGAUUUCUCUGACGUGCGGGUCGACUUCUUGCCCUGGAAGUCUCCUCGGGACAUAGUCGAGUAUUAUUACAUGUGGAAGACCACGAACCGUUACGUUGAACAAAAGAAAAAGAAGAAUGCAGAACAUGAAAGCAAACUUAAGCAGGUAUACAUUCCAAACCACUCCAAGGCGACCGGACCUUCAGUGAAGGGGAUUGAGCCAUGUGAAGGUUGCAAGGUCCCGGAGAGCAGCGCGUGGCAUGCAUGGGGUCCAACAAAUUUACAGUUGCGUCUUUGUCAAGAUUGUUGGGCGUAUUGGAAGAAGUAUGGCGGAUUGAAGGAGCGUCAUCAACAUGAAGUAUUUGACGUGAAUACCUCUGCUCAUGAGGACGCUGCCUCCGAUGUUCAUGAGAACACUAAACCUUCAACUACCCAUGUAAAUCCGUUAGCCAUAAACAAAAGUUCUUCCGCUGCGCAGCAAAAUCGCCCAGUUGGAACAGGACAUGUGAUAGCUCGGUUGCCCCCAAACCAUCCGCUUUUGUUGGCUGCCACAUCGGGUUCUACAGUGUCUUCUGGUAGUCCUCUCAAAGGCAAGCAGCUGAAAGCACCAUUCACUAUGCGACCAUCAAUGAUGUACAGGGUUGCUCGAAGGGUGUGCCCAAAAUCACUGCUGAAUCUAAGAUUCGCAGCUAGGAGGCCUAUGCACGAAAUUAACCUUGCCGCCGUGAAGAACUACUGCUACUCAUUAGAGGCAGGUAAUGCUGUUCUCUCCGCCGCUACACAGAUCUGUCAAGCACACAAUCGUCAUCUGCCAUCUACUUUUGCUCAGAACUACACUUUGCAGGCGGCUCAACAUCACCAACUGCAACAGCAGACUUUGAAAAGGCCGUCUAGCUCUUCUGGAUCCGAACCGAGUGCAAAACGUGAGAAACUGCAAGUAGGGCCAGUCGCGAAUGCCGCAACCGCUCCCAGCCCCUUCUCCUCAGUCUCAGCUGCAGUCGUUUCUGCUGGCACAGUACCCCUGAAGCCGAACAAAUGGGACUCGGUUUGGCGGUGGCAGCCCGGAGGCCAGUUCGUGUUCCUCGCUGGACCGCUAUACCGACGUCGCAGAGCUGAGUUGUUACCACGGGAAACAUUGGGUCACCAAAUUGGGCGGCGAGCUCUCAUCGCCAAAGAAAGUGACGCCAGAGUCGCGAGCCAGGUCAAAAUUCUUCUUCAGUUCCUCCCAUCUAUGCCCUCUGAAAAUCCGCCUCGUCGAGUGCAGCAUCAUCUGGUGCAGGCAAGGCCACUGUUAUUAUAG